AAAAUAAAAGCAAGAAACCCAGUUUCAUAAACACCGCAGAGGUUCCGAUUAGACACUGAGCUGCUAAAACCACCUCGACCCAGUAGAAAGCACCAAGAUGCAGAUUCUUAUCCUUCUACUUUUUUCCUCAUCUCUUGUAUGUAUCUUACGUAUAUAGGUGCCAUCAGCCACAAAAUUUGGCAUGGAAUUAGCUGACAGGGCAGUUGGAUUCUUGUUAUCCUUUAUCAGUUUAUCUAUCUUCACUUAUUAUACAUUCUGGGUCAUUAUCCUGCCAUUCGUAGACAGUGAUCACUUCAUCCACCAGUAUUUCCUGCCACAAGAAUAUGCCAUAUUGAUACCUGUAUUUGCUGGUGUUACACUUCUCUUCUUUUUAUGCAUUUUUGUAGGAAUGGUAAUGUUUAAAUCCAACAAGAAGAAACCAUAAUGCUAAUGCUGUUGUCAUUAUCAUGUAUCCUAUUUCAUUUUCGAAUUCCAAACGUUGUUCCUCACUUAACGUGAUUUUGAAAAUGAGGGCAGUUGUUGGUA